UUACAGACAAACCAGUCAGUUUAACACAGUCAUUCCCAAUAGAAUGUUUUCUUUAAGAGUGAUUGUUGGUUUAUUGUUGGUCGUCUGGUCUACAGCCAGUAGUGUGGUCUUUGAAGAAUCACCCAGCACAUCUAACGAUAACACAAAUGUCGGUACUCGUAACGGGCCAUUUGAUGACAGUGUGGUGAUCGAGGCUGCUGGAUCUCCCUCCGGUGGAGAUGUCGAUUCACGAUUCUUUGGCUUAUUGGGAGGUGGCAAUCGGCCGUUCGGUGGUGGCGGUUUCGGCGGAGGUCAUCCCAUUGGAGCGACAAAGCCUGGUAGAUGUCCUGGCCUGUUAGGUCUAGGCCUUGGCCAACCUGAAGGUGGAUAUGGUGGAUUCGGCGGCUAUGGCGGCUAUCCCGGUGGAUAUGGUGGAUACCCUGGCGGAUAUGGAGGAUACCCCGGUGGAUAUGGAGGAUACGGUAACCAUCAUCCUCAUCACGGUGCUGGUGGAUAUGGUUAUCCUGGACAGUACGGAUACGGCGGCGGAUACAACGGUGGCUUCGGAUUCCGAAGCGCUGAUCAAGGAGGUGAAAGUGGAGAUAAGACAGAGCGUCGCAAGAGAUCCGACGAGGCUAACAAGGAAACUUCUGGGGGAGACGCUUCUGUCCAAGGACGUUCUGGUGGAGAGACCGAUCCUCGUUUCCUUGGUGCCAUCGGUGGUCUUUUAGGUCAACCUUGCUAUCAAGACUACCAAUGCCCGGGCCAGCUUAAGUGUUGCGCAAAAGCUCUUGGAAACCAAGCUUCCUGCCAACAACCUGCCUUACUUGGUUAAAUUUUUCGACUACGAUAACUGAGAGUUUUUCAUUCCUCUACCGAUUCCAAAUUUAUCUAAUAACUUAUAUACGCGUGAUAAUAAAUCACAUCCUCCUUUUUUAAAUAAAAUACAAGGAUUCAACUCUA